GGAAUACUCGAUCUCAUGGAUGGAGGGAGGGAGCCCGGGGAGGUACGAAAUAUACAGGUCAGACUCAAGGAGUAGAUACAUAUCAGAACCCCACCUGGUGCUAGGACAGUGUUGAAAAUGGCGACGAUAGGUUUGGGGGCGCAAUUCUUCUGUCCGAAAACCGAUCCCUUUUCUUCUUGUUCUGGACUGCCGACUUGCAAUGUCCUUCUUAUUCCCACCACAAUUACCUCUCAAUCCUAUUUCAGAUUCCCCAAUCCGAUUCGUCUGCGAGCGUCCAACUCCCCCCGCUCCUCAUCGGAAACUGCUCCCGGGACUUCAUCUCCAACCCCACCUCUCAAUCAAGACACAGAACCAAAAGGUCGGGAUCUUCAAACACUUGCCAGAAGGUUCUGGAAAAUUGCUGCUCCCUAUUGGUCCUCCGAAGACAAAGUCCAGGCGCGAUUGCAGCUUGCUGCUGUUUUUGCCCUCACCUUAGGGACAACUGGAAUCAGUGUGGGUUUCAAUUUCCUGGGACGUGAUUUCUAUAAUGCACUUGCCAACAAAGAUCAAGAACAGUUCAGCAAGCAAUUACUGUACUACAUUGCUAGCUUUGCUGGUGGUAUUCCGAUUUUUGUCUUGAGAGACUAUGCACGUGAAACAUUAGCAUUAAGAUGGAGAUCUUGGAUGACAACCAAUUUCCUGGAGCGCUAUUUAAAGAAUCAGACUUUUUACAAACUACAGUCCCAGUCGACAAUAGACAAUCCAGACCAGCGAAUUGUUGAUGAUUUGAGUUCUUUUACAGGAACAUCUCUUUCAUUUUCUUUGACACUUUUCAACGCUGCAGUAGACUUAAUAUCAUUUAGCAAUAUCUUGUAUGGCAUCUAUCCGCCACUUUUCCUCGUGCUUCUCGCAUAUUCUAUUGGCGGAACAUCUAUCAGUAUAUUUAUUGGAAGGGGAUUAGUGACCCUCAACUUUCUGCAAGAGAAAAAAGAAGCAGAUUUCCGCUAUGGGUUAAUGCGUGUUAGGGAAAAUGCUGAAUCAAUUGCAUUUUAUGGUGGGGAGGGAAAUGAGAUGCAACUACUGCUAAAAUGUUUUAAAAGGGCUUACGAAAACCUCACUAAAAUAUUGAUAUCAUCAAGAAACUUAGAGUUCUUCACAAAUGGCUACCGCUAUCUCAUUCAAAUUCUUCCGGCUGCAGUUGUCGCACCAAUGUUCUUCUCUGGAAAAAUUGAAUUUGGGGUCAUAAAUCAGUCUGUGUCUGCGUUUAAUCAUAUUCUUGGAGAUUUCUCCUUGAUUGUCUUUCAAUUUCAAGCAAUAAGUGCAUUUUCAGCAGUCAUUGACCGACUAGGUGAAUUUGAUGAUGUUUUAGAUAGUAGCAUCCAAAAAAGUCACGACUCUACAGAAGAGAUACAACUGAAGUAUUGUCAUGUUAGCGGCUCAGCUGGGCUGCAUUCAAAUCAAUCUGUUUCAUCUGUAAAUUAUGUGAUGGUACUGCAUAUUGAGGACUUGACGCUACAGACACCAAUGAGUAAAUCACCUCUUAUAAAGGCCUUGUCAUUGGAGGUUUUUGAAAAGGAUAAUUUGCUGGUUACAGGGCCAAGUGGUAGUGGAAAAACAUCACUAUUGAGAGCCAUAGCCGGUCUUUGGAACUUCGGAAAGGGAAUUAUAACACUCUAUGCCAAAUAUAAAACAGAAUUAUCUACUUCAGGUAUUGUUUCUAGUUAUAUAGUUUCAUCUUGUGAGAUAAAUGAGGACACUAUUGGGCACAGAGGACGUACUGGAGGGGUAUUUUUUCUUCCACAAAGGCCAUAUAUGGUAUUGGGAACCCUUCGUCAGCAAUUAUUAUAUCCAACCUGGACUGAAGAUGCAGAUUUUCCUGCAGAUCUCUCUAAACAAACUGAUUUCCCAUCAUUUUUUAGGUGUGAUUCCAGAGUACAGUUUGCUGAAGUGGAUCAUCUAAAACCCACAACCGAUGAUCUAAUCCAAGUUUUAAAGGAUGUCCGCCUUGAGUAUCUAUUAUCCCGUCUUGAAAGUUUAGAUUCUAUGCACGAGUGGUCUAGUGUUCUUUCCCUUGGAGAGCAACAGCGGCUUGCAUUUGCCAGACUACUAUUGUCCAGGCCCUACCUGGUUCUGCUGGAUGAGUCUACUAGUGCUCUAGAUGAGGCUAAUGAGGACCAUCUGUACCGCCUAAUCCAAGAUGCAGGUAUGACGUAUAUAAGCAUUGGCCAUCGUAGAACCCUCUUCAAACACCAUAACAAAGUCUUGCAGAUAUCUACUGCUGAUACAGAGAGUGCAAAUACAAAUUGGUGCUUAAAUUCCCUUAACAGGGAAGAGUCACUGUUAUAAGUGUAUGGAGUUUGUUGAUUAUGUCCUAUCUGCGCCUCUUGAACUGGUUAGGGUGUAGUUCAGGUUGGGGACUUCUGUGUGAGGAAUUGGUGCUUAAAUUCCCUAGUGAGGAAUGUUUUGGGGGGCCAAGGUGGGGAGCAAGUAUGUAGUUCAGGUUGGGGACUUCUGUGUUCCAGUCAUCUUCUUCAAGCAAGGGAAGUAUUAUUCUUCUCCAAUGUGCAAGCAUAAUGUCCAUGCUAAAGUAAAUGCCUGUAAAAAAACUAAUGUUGGGAGGGUUUUUUACUUUGUGAAAUCUCUUAACUGUCUAAGGCCAUGUUCUUUUCAUCUGAGGUGAGUGGUUUUGAUCUAAUUGGAAUAAAUUUUGAUUUGCUCU